AUGCCGGCCAAAGCGCAAAGGUACGGGAAGCUGGCACAGGACGAGACCAAGGCUGGUCUACGUGCACGGAAGACGCGACCGGACUCGGACUCUGAGACAGAGGAUGAGUCCAAGCUCAGCGAGAGGGAGAUAGCCAAGAAGAAAUGGGUUCGGAGAUUGAGAUGGGCGUGGCGAAAGCUGACAGCGGCAUUUUGGGUCUCACUGGCCUGCUUCACCAUCUACUACACCAACUUCUUCCGUGUCAUGUGGGAGUCGCCUUUGGUGAACCGUACCUACUUCUACCUUGCCUUCGCUUGCCUGGCCUUCAAUAUGUCCAUGCUGGGGUAUCUCGCGCUUUGGUGCACCGUCGUGCUGAAGAUCGAAGAGCCUUGGGAGACUAAACAUCCGAAGGCCAUCCCCGUGAUGGCAAUCGUUGGCUUUUCCACCGUUUGGCUGUUCUUCUUUGCGCUUUGGCCUGUCUGGGGCCUCCUUACGCUGGUUAUCCAACUCAUUUUCUUCCUGGGCUUCGUGAGCGCAGGUCAGUUCCUUCCGAGUGGGACGCCCGGAGCUGUCCUGAUGUUCGUGAUCUUCUUCGGAGCUUUCUUCACAUCAGAGCUCAUCCCUCAUGAGGGACUGGCACACUACACACCUGGUCCGAGCUCGUCGCGGUGA